AUGGCACAGAAAGGAGUUCAGCUGGACCGAGAAACCUUGUCUUGUUCCAUCUGUUUGGAUCUACUGAAGGAUCCGGUGACUACAGCCUGUGGACACAGCUACUGCAUGAACUGUAUUAAAACCCACUUUGAUGAAGAGGACAGGAAGGAAAUCCACAGCUGCCCUCAGUGCAGGAAGACUUUCACACCGAGGCCUGUCCUGGAGAAAAACACCAUAUUGGCGGCUUUAGUGGAGCAGCUGAAGAAGACUGGACUCCAAGCUGCUCCAGCUGAUCACUGCUAUGCUGGACCUGAAGAUGUGGAUGAACAUAAAGGCCAUGAAACAGUCCCAGCUGCAGUAGAAAGGACUGAGAAGCAGAAGGAGCUCGAGGUGAGACGACUAAACAUCCAGCAGAGAAUCCAGGAGCGAGAGAAAGAUGUGAAGCUGCUUCAACAGGAGGUGGAGGCCAUCAAUGGCUCUGCUGAUAAAGCAGUGGAGGACAGUGAGAAGAUGUUCACUGAGCUGAUCCGUCUCAUCCAGAAAAGAAGCUCUGAUGUGAAGCAGCAGGUCAGAUCCCAGCAGGAAACUGAAGUGAGUCGAGUCAAAGAGCUUCAGGAGAAGCUGGAGCAGGAGAUCGCUGAGCUGAAGAGGAAAGACGGCGAGCUGGAGCAGCUCUCACACACAGAGGAUCACAACCAGUUUCUACACAACUACCCCUCACUGUCAGCACUCAGUGAGUCUACACACUCAUCCAGCAUCAAUAUUCGUCCUCUGAGCUACUUUGAGGAUGUGACAGCAGCUGUGUCAGAGACCAGAGAUAAACUACAGGACAUUCUGAGAGAGGAAUGGACAAACAUCUCACUGACAGUCACUGAAGUGGAUGUUUUACUGUCACCACCAGAGCCAAAGACCAGAGCUGGAUUCUUAAAAUAUUCACGUGAAAUCACACUGGAUCCAAACACAGCACACCCAUGGCUAUUGUUAUCUAACGGGAACAGAAAAGCAACAAGAAUGAAACAACCACAGCAUUAUGCUAAUCAUCCAGACAGAUUUACGGGAUGUAAACAAGUCCUAAGCAGAGAGAGUCUUACUGAACGUUGUUACUGGGAGGUGGAGUGGAGAGGGAAAGAAGUUUAUGUCGCAGUUGCGUACAAGAAUAUUUGCAGACACAGUAUCUCAAAUGCAGCUGGAUUUGGAUACAAUGACAAUUCUUGGGCACUAUAUUGUAACAUAAACAAAUAUAACGUUUGGCCCUUAAAAGGCCACAUUGUCUUCUCAGGUCCUUGGUCAUACAGAGUAGGAGUGUACCUGGAUCACAGAGCAGGUAUUCUGUCUUUCUACAGCGUCUCUGAAACCAUGACUCUCCUUCACAGAGUCCAGACCACAUUCACUCAGCCGCUCUAUGCUGGACUUUGUCUUUGGGAAGAUGGAGACACUGCAGAGUUCAUUAAAGUCAAAUAGAGA